GCGUCUUCGGCGGUUCCCUUCCACACGAGCGUGGUGAAAAUGGCGGAGCAAAGUUCCGUGCCGAGUGAUCUUUACAAACAUGUAUAUUCAUUUCUACUGGAGAACAAGUUUACCAAGGCUGCUCAGCACUUCAUCAAACAAGCUAAAGUGCCACCCCAGGACGAAAAAGAUGAUGCUGGUCUUCUUGACAUUUUCAACUUCUGGGUGAAGUCUCCUGAGGCUAAGAAACGCAAGGGGCUGCCCAUCAGUCCAACCAGCGACAGUCCGUCUGCUAAGAAGGCAAAGACUGCAGAGAGCUCCAGUGAGGAGUCGAGCAGUGAUGAGGAGGAAGCUGCUGCACCCACAGCAGCCAAGGCCCCACCCUCUGCUAAAGCAGAUUCCAGCAGCAGUGAUGAUUCCAGUGAUGAGGAGGCUGCAGCAAAGAAACCUGCCGCAGCCCCAGUGAAGGCCCCUGCAGUGGCAGCAGCCCCAGUGAAGGCCCCUGUAGUGGCAGCAGGCAGGAAAAAGGACUCCAGCUCUAGCAGUGAGUCAUCUGAAGAUGAGGCUCCAGCCAAAGCCCCUGCAGCUAAACGAAAGCCUGCAGCCGCCACCCCUAAGGCAGCCGCGACCCCUAAGGCAGGAAAGCCUGCAGCCGCCACCCCUAAGGCAGCCGCGACCCCUAAGGCAGGAAAGGUUGCAGCCCCCCUAAGGCAGCCGACCCCUAAGGCAGCCGCGACCCCUAAGGCAGGAAAGGUUGCAGCCGCCGCAGCAGCUCAGAAGAAGGCUGAGGACAGCUCCAGUGAAGACGAGGCGCCCACUAAGGCCCCAGUGAAGACCCCUCCAGCUAAGGCCGCUGAGUCCAGCAGUGAUGACUCUUCAUCGGAUGAAGAGGAGGCCUCUCCCAGCAAGAAGGCAAAGUCAGGUACGUCCCGGGUCGUCCCACCCGCUGCUGCUGCACUUAAGAAGGCCCCUGCAGUUAAGGAGAGUAGCUCCUCAGACAGCAGUGAUGACAGUAGUGAUGAAGAGGAGGAGGAGGAGAAAGUGGCAGCUAAAGCAGCCCCGGUGAAGACCACCCCAGCCAAGACUGUGACCCCCAAAGCUGCUGGAGCUGCUAAGAAGGCAGAGUCCAGCUCUGAGAGCACAGACUCCAGCUCUGAGGAUGAAGCAAAGAAGCCAGCAGCCAAAGUCCCGGUAACACCAAAGGCUGCCCCAGCGAAGGCUGCCCCAGCGAAGGCUGCCCCAGCGAAGGCUGCCCCAGCAGAAGACUCUGACUCCAGCUCUGAGGAUGAAGAAGAGGCUAAGAAGCCAGAAGUAAUAAGGGUUAAGUCCACAGCAGUCAAAAUAACAGUUACCCCUGCCAAGGAAGACUCUUCCUCGGCCUCCAGCUCCGAGGAAGAGGAGGAGGAGAAGGGUUCGAAGACGGUGAAAGUAGCCCCAGCUACAGCAGCGGUAAAGGUGGCAGAGGAAAAGGAGGAGGGUGCCAAAACUGUGACUGUAACGGGGACGAAGGCUACUGUAAAGGUGGCGGAAGACGGCUCCUCUUCCUCCAGCUCCGAGGAUGACGACGAGGGGACAGUGAAAGUAGCAUCAGCCAAGGUGACUCCAGCGAAGGCUGCCCCAGCGAAGGCUGCCCCAGCGAAGGCUGCCCCAGCUAAGAAAUCAGACUCUUCAAGCUCUGACUCUGACAGCAGUUCUGAGGACGAGACACCAGGUAAACCUGCUGCAGCUGCCCCCAAGGCCCCAGCCAAGGCUGCUGCAGGAAACAGCUCCGACUCCGACUCUUCUUCUGAAGAUGACGAACGCCCAGCUAAGAAGGCUACCUCAACCCCAGUUACUAAACCAGCCACCCCGGUUACUAAACCAGCCUCCAAACCAGCUACCCCGGUUACUAAACCAGCCACCCCGGUUACUAAACCAGCUGCAGCAGAGAGCAGCUCGGACUCCGACUCUUCUUCUGAAGAUGACGAACCCCCAGCUAAGAAGGCUACCUCAGCCCCGGUUACUAAACCAGCCACCCCGGUUACUAAACCAGCCACCCCGGUUACUAAACCAGCCUCCAAACCAGCCACCCCGGUUACUAAACCAGCCUCCAAACCAGCUGCAGCGGAGAGCAGCUCGGACUCCGACUCUUCUUCUGAAGAUGACGAACCCCCAGCUAAGAAGGCUACCUCAGCCCCGGUUACUAAACCAGCCUCCAAACCAGCUACCCCGGUUACUAAACCAGCCUCCAAACCAGCUGCAGCGGAGAGCAGCUCGGACUCCGACUCUAGCUCAGAUGAGGAUGAGGCCAUAGCUAAGAAGUCUACCUCUAAACCAGCCACCCCAGUGGUGACUAAAUCAGCCCCAGCCAAGGCAGCAGCCGAGAGCAGCUCCGAUUCAGACCGCUCGGACUCCGAGGACCAAGCUGCUGCGGCCAAGAUCACCACCACCAAACCUGCAGCCAAGAGUCCUGCAGUCAAGGCACCGGCUAAAGCUGCGGAGUCGUCGUCAUCAUCUGAGGACAGUAGCUCUGAGGAAGAGGCCAGUAAAAAGGCUGUGAAACCCUCUGCUACCCCCAAGACCACCCCAGCAGCCAGACCUAAAGCUAAGGAGGACAGCAGCUCUUCAGAGGACUCCAGUGAUGAAGAGGCAGCGCCCAAACAAGCAGCAGCGAAGGCUGCAACCCCAGCGAAGGCUGCAACCCCAGCGAAGGCUGCAACCCCAGCGAAGGCUGCAACCCCAGCGAAGGCUGCAACCCCAGCGAAGGCUAAAAAGGCAGCCGAAAGCAGCUCGGACUCUUCCGACAGUUCCGACUCGGAGAUGGAGACAGAGGUCGCCAAGACGACGCCUGCUCUGACCAAUGGGAAGCCAGCUAAACCCAAAGCGAUCACCUCUGCAGCCAAGGCAACGAAACCGGCCAAGGCUGCCGAGUCGUCCUCUUCCGAGGAGAGUAGCUCUGAGGAAGAGGCCAGUAAAAACGCAGUGAAACCCGCCGCCACGCCAGCGUCUAAAUCCAAGGAGGCCAGCAGCUCAUCGCCGGCAGCAGUCACAACGCCCAUGGCUAACGGCACCGCAAACGCCAAGAGAAAGAGGGAUGGAGGAGCCUCGUCUUCUGAGAGCGAGGAGGAAGAGGCAACGACACCCAAAAAUAAGAAAGUAACAAAAACACCACAGACGUUCCCUAAAGUCUCUAAGAAGAUCAAUGUACCUUUCCGUAGAAUAAGAGAGGAAGAAAUUGAGGUGGAUAACCGUCUGGCGGACAACUCCUUCGACGCCAAGCGCGGGGCGGAUGGAGACUGGGGCCAGAGGGCCAAUGACGUGCUCCGCUUCACCAAGGGGAAGUCCUUCCGCCAUGAGAAGACCAAGAAGAAGAGGGGUAGCUACUGUGGAGGAGCCAUCUCCCAGUCCGUCAACUCCAUCAAGUUCGACAGCGACUGAGAACCUGGUCAUCGUUUGUCACCACCCCUCUUCCUCCCUUCACUUGACCCAGGACUAUCCGAUUACCAGGACUGUCUCCCC